AUGCGUCACUCGGAGGCCAUCACGCUGGCGCGAAGAUCACGCUCCUCCGGAGAGGACGGCGACCUCGCCAUCGUCCGCCACUCGAGUGCACCCAUCCGCGUGCCGCAGACGCCGCAAGAGGAGCUGCAGCGGCUCGAACGGUGGCAUGCGGCGGUGCGGCGCGGUGCGCACUCGGCAGUGCAAGCGGCGCUUCGCGAGGGGUGGGCGCCCGUCAAUGCACCUGACAGCGCCGGCUUCACCGCGCUCAUGCGCGGCUGCAUCAGCGGCCAGCUGCUCACGCUGCUCCUCGCGAGCCCUCGCUGCGACGUCAACGCGGCGGCGGCGGCGGACGGGUCGACGGCGCUGCUGCUCGCGUCGCGGUACCGCUCCGCCAGCGUGGUCGACCGGCUGCUGCGCCGCGGCGCCAAGAUGACGCGCGAGAGAGGCGGUGCCACGGUGCUGCACCGCGCGACUGCCAACGCCGAUGCGUCGGUGGUGCAGCUGCUGCUGCGCGAGGGCGCCGCCGCACCUGCGCGACAUGAGAGCACCCCUCCUAGAGCCGUGCUGGACCUCUCCUGGACAUUGUAG